UGAAAGGACAGGGCCUCUAGGCUGGGCUGCGCAUGAGGGUGCAGCUGUGAUUGCAGGGCACCUCUGCCUAGUGGCUGCUGUGAUUGGAGAUCCCCGGGUGACUGAUUCUGGGUGCUGCAGAUGAACAGUGCCGGGUACAGCCUCUCCCGGAGGCUCCGGGCUGUGGGGGUCCUGGCCGGAGCCGCCCUGCUUUCUGCCAUAUGGCUCCUUUGGCUGCUUGGGUCACCCCCCACCGGAGGCCCUGCGCCCCCGCACACACUCAUCAUCCUCAUCUGGCACUGGCCCUUCAGCGACAGGCCCCCAGAGCUUCCCAGCAACACCUGCAUCAGCUUUGGGGUGGCCCACUGCCACCUGAGCACCAACCACAGCCUGCUGGCCAGCGCAGAUGCUGUGGUUUUCCACCACCGAGAGCUGCAGACCCAGCAGGCCCGUCUGCCUCUGGCCAAGCGCCCACGUGGACAGCCCUGGGUGUGGGUCUCCAUGGAGUCACCCAGCCACACCCACGGCCUUGGUCGCCUUGGUGGGAUCUUUAAUUGGGUGCUAAGCUACCGGCGUGACUCGGAUAUCUUCGUGCCCUAUGGCCAGCUGGAGCCUCACCGGGGGCCUGCGCCACCACUGCCGGCCAAGAAGAGGGUGGCAGCCUGGGUGGUGAGCAACUUCCAGGAGCGGCAGCGGCGUGUCCAGGUGUACCGGCAGCUGGCGCCUCACCUGCAGGUGGAUGUGUUCGGCCACGCCAACAGGCAGCCCUUGUGCACUAACUGCCUGCUGCCCACCGUGGCCCAGUACCUCUUCUACCUGUCUUUCGAGAACUCACAGCACCAAGACUACAUCACUGAGAAGUUCUGGCGCAACGCGCUGGCAGCCGGCACGGUCCCUGUCGUGCUGGGGCCCCCGAGGGCCACGUACGAGGCCUUUGCACCAGCUGACGCCUUUGUUCAUGUGGAUGACUUCAGCACAGUCCAAGAGCUGGCCUCCUUCCUGGCUAACAUGAACGAGAGCCACUAUCGGCGCUAUUUCGCCUGGCGAGACCGGCUCCGUGUGCGGCUGUUUGGGGACUGGCGGGAGCGCUUCUGCGCCAUCUGCACCCACUACCCCCACCUCCCCCGAGGCCAGGUCUACCAGGACCUCCAGGGCUGGUUCCAAGCCUGAGCUCUGGCCAGAGGGGGAGGCAGAGGAGGGUGGCGGGCGCUGGUGGUGUGGGUGGAAGGCUGGGUGUUGAAAUCAAACCACCAGGCAUCCGGCCCCCACAGGCAACCAUCAGGUUAAUACAGAGGCUGGGGUUGGAGGCCGGAAAGCAAGGGUAAGGGAGAAGUGGGCUGGUCUGGGCAGGCUGCCGGGAGAAGGAAGCUGCUGGGCAGGCAUUUGGAGGGGAAGGUGAGGGCGGGAGUUAGUGGGGAUGCUUUUUGCUAGUUGAUCAAAGACACAGGCUCCCCAGGACCUCUCAGGAUCCCCCUCCCCACCUUGAUAAAACCCCGGGUGGAGCAACUCUUCCCAGACUUGGGCUGGGAAAGGGCAGAGGCCAGGCCCUAGGGCUGGGGGCAUGCCCUCUGGGGAGGACUUGCUCUGUCACUGAGGUCCCUUGGCUGGGGACGUGCAGGCACAGUGCCAGAGCCCCUGUGUGCCGACCUGUGCAAGGCCCUGGGGACACCGUGACAAGCAAGCCAGGAUGCUGGCCUUCUUGUACCCUGCAGUCCACUCUGGGAGGGCCAGCGAUCA